CCUUUUUAAAACAAAUAAACCAUUAAAAAGUUUUUUUUAUUGGUCCUGAUAUUUUAUAAAAUAUUUAAAAUAAUCCGUUAGCAUUUUCUAUUAAGAAUGUUUUUUCUUUUCUUGCAUUCUUACAAUUAUUUAGAAACGUUGUUUUCAAAUAUAUGUGUGUAUAUAUAUUUUUAAAAUAAAACAUUUAAAAAACAUGUUAAAAGAAGGUAACCAAGUAUUUUUGAAACACUAGAAAACCUGUCUAUCGAAAGAACAUUUUGGAAAAAGUUAAAUAAAACAUUUUCAAAAGAAUCUAAAAUUUAAAGAACCUCAAAUAAAGUAUCAUGAUUCUUUUUCUAUUUUUUUAAACUUCUCUAUAAAAACCCCUCAUAAAUAGAAGCUUUUUUUACACACAAUUUUUUUACACAUACAAGAUUAGAGCUUACACAAUGUGUAGAAAAGUAUAGAACAAGAAGGUACACAUAAUAUAGUGACAAAAUGGUGACAGAAAACAUUUAUUGAUUAAACCAACCCAGAAAAACACCUAACCAAAUCCUAGAUCUUACAAGAGUAAGGUCUGUCAUAACAACAACAAUACAAUGAUCAACCGAUGAAAUACCAGUUGAUCACAAUCAAGAGAAUACAAGAUACAGUGAUCUAAAUAGAUCAACAAGAUGAGAUCAACAGAUUUCUAACAAAGUUAUAACAAUCUAGAGAGUGUAACAGAGAAUGAAAUAGGGUUACACACAGUAAACCCUAAUCUCCUUUAUAUAGCAGCCUCAUCAAAGAAUUACACUUUGCAUCCUCCAGCUUAUUACCUUAUCCUCGCAGUCCUUGCAACAUUUCAGUUAGAACCUUUAUAUCUUCUUUUCUUACAUUCUAGUCCUCUUUAUAAACUUGUAUAUACUUAACCAACACUUUAUAACACAGUUAUAUAUAAUGAUUACGCCCAUUUAACAUAUGAAUGAUGUACAACACUAACUCAUUUUAACAGAAUAAUAUCAAGCCAAAAUAAUAGAAGGCAAGUAGGCAACAAGCUGCGCCACUAGUCUUUUAAAAACAAAAUUCAUAGAUCUUGCACUCGUAACAUAACUAUGCAUGAGCCACUGGACUCGACUAAGUAGCUCCACAGCUUCAGGUGCGCGGAAGCCAAAAGUGUCGAAUGCAAAUGGUACGAACACGUGUUGGUUGUUAAUGCAUGCUUUCUCGUGUUUUGUCACUUUGCAUGAAACAGCUUUUAAAGGAGUCUUACCAACCAUGAAACCACCAGUCCCCAAGCCCACAAGAGGGGAACCUGUGUUAAAUCCACACACGCAUGUUUUCCUCCCAUCCUUAGGGGCGACAAACAACAUUAUUAGCAGCGACCAGCGUCGGCCCUGUUGCUCCUUUUCCUUGUAGUGUUACGUAAAUAUUUUUUUAUCAAGCGAAAAAAAACAUUUGCGGUGGAGUCGGCUUGGAAUGUUAUUUAAUCGGUAAUUAAAUAUUUAAGACCUAUGUUAUCAGUUCAAAAAGUUAAUAAAACUGUACUUAUAAUAAUGGAAUGUUACUUCUAUUGGACAAACAGCAAUCUAGCCUCAUAUUUGGACGUGGAAUUUCUCAACUCUCACGAGUUUCUUAAAAUAUGGCGUUAAUUAAAGAGUCGGAGCACCUCCGUAUAUCACUUGAGGACAUAAAAAUAGGCACAAAAAACUUCACUACUCUUAUUGGAAAAGGUGGAUAUGGAAACGUUUACAAAGGAGAACUCUCACUUUUUGGUAAACUUACUACUGUUGCUGUAAAGAGAUUAGAUGUUCACAUUUCUGGUCAAGGAUUUAAAGAGUUUUUAACCGAGAUUCAUUUGUUAUCCCGAUAUAAACAUCCAAACCUUGUCUCCCUUCUUGGCUUUUGCCACGAAGGAAACGAAAAGAUACUUGUUUAUGAGCACGCUGAGCAUGGAAGUCUCGAUAAGUUUUUACGUAAGGAUGCAACUGUAUGUCCCUUGACAUGUAAGCAAAAGAUUGAUAUAUGCAUUGACGCAGCUUGCGGUUUGGACUAUCUUCACAACCAUGUUGCUGAAAAUUACAGGAUUAUCCAUAGGGAUAUAAAAAGUGCAAAUAUUCUGUUAGACCACAACUGGAAAGCCAUGAUUUCUGAUCUUGGACUUUCCACAAUAGGCCGUGCAAACGAAAAUGAUUCUUUCCUCGUUACCAACGCUUGUGGCACACCUGGUUAUUGUGAUCCCAUAUAUAGGGAUACCCUGGUACUCACAAAAGAAUCCGAUGUUUAUUCAUUUGGCGUGGUAUUGUUUGAAGUCUUAUGCGGAAGGUUAUGCUUUAUGAAUGUAAAUGAUGAACAUAGAUUUUUUGCCACUUUGGUCCAAAGCUACUAUGAGAAGGGUAAAUUACAUGAGAUUAUUGAUCCUGAUAUGAAGCAGCAAUUGGACUCGAGUUCCUUGCAUAAGAUCUCAGAGAUUGCGUAUCAAUGCUUGCGUAAUGAUCGAGAGAAACGACCCUCAAUAGGUUUGGUGGUAAAGAAACUUAAGGAAGCAAUGGAAGUGCAUCACUCUAAUGGAGUUAGCGGCAAUUUAGAGACCAACGUCUCAUCUAACAAUGGUGUCGCCACUAAUUCUAAUGUGGAAUCCUCCAUUGACUCUGAGGAUUCAGCAAUCUGGUCGAGCAUGGGAAUUUCCAUGGCCGAAUAUUUAGAUAAAGCUCGCAACAUAUUUGGCGAACCAAUCAGGAACAAAACAGUGGUGCAAAUGGGGCUUACCCCAACCCGAGAAAACAAGGCACAGGUAGCCUACAAGAUGAUGAACCAUGGUAACAAAUAUGACAACGCUCUGCGCUUUGUGAAAGACCUAAAGAAACAAUGGGGCAAUGGGAUUUCUACCCUUUGUCUACUUUACAAUGCAACAGGUGAAACACUGACAUACGCUACAAGCCGCAACUGGUUUGGUGAUAUUGGGCCAUCACCAUACCCGACAAUCAUUUUGAAUGGACAAUGGGGUGCGUAUCUACACACUAAGACCCCAAAGAUUCCAAGUGGAUCUGCUGCAGCCGUAGUGUACCGUGGAAAAUACACAGACAAUGCUUUUUGUGACCGUAUGAUUACUUGGUCUAUCCCAUGGCAAAGAUUCACCCAAGACAACGCGGCAUAUUGUGAGAUCAAUGAAGUGGGGCACUUUGAUGGUGCUGCUUGGGAUGCAAUUUAUAACAAAACACCAUAUGCAGGCCGAGAAAGCAGUGCAAAUUGGAAGGAUUGCUAUACAAGAGUCAGCGUGGAAAGUGACACUUCACCUAUAUAUAAAGCCAUUUUCACACGAGUUGAUGUUGUUACAUCUGUCUAGGCUUACUUAAACAUGCAGUGAGAGUGGGGAUCUUCAACUCGAAUAUUUGAUGUUCGUUUGUUCCAUUCAAAGUAUGUUUACAGUUAUGCCAAAGGAGGGCAUUCAUAUCAGAACUAAUUUUGAAUGGUUUAUGUAUUAUUAGAGUAUUUGAUCCGUCAACAAAAAUGAUAUGUACAAAUCAAUUUUAGAUUUCAAUUAAAUUACAUUAGAAUCCAAGUGUAAGUUUUACGAUCGUCUACUCCUAUUUAA